AUGGUAAUUUACUAUUCAACGUCUGCAAUCUUAGCUCUUUUGUUUAUUCUAUUUCAAGGAGUUAGUGGUGAUGACAAUAAUCCAAUCACGAGACGUUUCAAGUGUCGCGAUGGUUGCUGCGACGAACAUGAAUGGUGUCGCUUCUGGGCAUCCGCGGGGGAAUGCACCGCUAACAAAGGAUGGAUGAGUGAUAAUUGUCAAUUAGCUUGCAACACCUGCCACAAAAAAGCAUCACGACGAUCACUUCGUAACAAUCAGCAGCGUCGAUUAUCCACCAUUGCAACACGCAAUUCUCAUCGAUCAAAUAAAAAUAAAAAGAUUAAAAGAAAGCGCCUUCGAAAAAAUAAACAAAAAAGGCCUUUAAAAAAUCAUCACCAUCGGCCAAGCAAUCAUUCAACUGUCACUUUACGUUCACACACACACAAAACUACAACCACUCGACGAUUAACAGUUUUAGAUCGAUGUAAACAGAUUCAAGCAAAUCCUUCAAAUGCAGCUGAAAUUUUACUCCGUGAACGACUCAUUUUCUCAGUUGAAGAUUUAUCAGGUCGAAGGGCAUUAACUCAAGAGGAAGUAGUACGAUCGAACAUGGCCUUUAGCUGUGUCCCACGUUUAGAUGAAGCAGAAUGUCAACGUUCCCUCUGUUACAAUCUUUAUUAUCGUACAAUGGAUGGUACAUGCAAUAAUCUUUUCCGUCCGUUACGUGGCGCUGCGUUUCGACCUUACAACAGAUUGCUACUCCCAGAAUAUGAUGAUAAACUUUCAGAGCCAGUUGUUAGUCGUUUGAUACUUUCAUCUCGAAAAUCGGUACAACAUGGAGAAUACAAUGCUUUAUUAAUGCAAUGGGGACAAUAUCUCAUUCAUGAGAUGGCCAAAACAACACUUGUUCCAUCGGCCAAGUGCAAUAUUUGCCAGAAUAUCCGUGGCCGAUGUAUGGCUGUGCCUAUCUUACCAAAAGAUCCAAAUAAAACUUUCAAAUCUAAUAGAUGCAUUCGAGUGUCACGUUCUAGUGCCAUAUGUGGUUCCGGAAAACAAAAACCACGACAACAACUUAAUGAAAAUACUAAUUUUAUUGAUGGAUCACCAAUUUAUGGAUCUAGUGUUGGAGAUUUGCAUAAAUUUCGAGAAGGUAAGACAGGUUUUUUGAAAACAGUUUUCUUUAAUGGAUUCCGUUUGCUACCAUUUGAUACAAGAACAUGCCGGAAUGCUGCAUCCUGUUCAGCUAUUUUCAUCGCCGGUGACAGUCGUAUAAACUUAUUUAUAGGCCUUAGCUCUUAUCACAUUAUCUUAACACGAGAACAUAAUCGAUUGGUUAAUGGCCUACGAAAGUUAAACCCGCAUUGGAACGGUGAUCGAUUAUUUAUGGAAGCAAGAAAAAUUGUUGGUGCAGAAGUUCAAGCUAUCACUUAUAGAGAAUUUUUACCCGCAAUUCUGGGAAAUGCAUUUGCAACAACAGUUGGUCACUAUCGUGGGUAUAAUCAGAAUGUUGACCCUACUUUGGUCAAUGAAUUCAAUUCAGCAGCUUUUCGAUUUGGUCAUGGAAUGAUUCAAGAAAUUUAUCUACGCUUAGAUCAACAUUUUCAUAACACUUCUUUGGGAAGUUUUUCAUUUGUUGAAGGAACACUACAUACUGAUCGUUUGAUAUUUGGUGGUGGCAUUGAUCCCAUUUUGCGUGGUAUGAUGAUAUUACCUGUAAAACGACCACAACGACUUACGAGAUCGAUAACAGAAAAUAUGUUUGGUAAUACAGACCUUGGUACCAUUAAUAUACAACGUGGUCGUGAUCAUGGCUUACCGUCAUAUACGAGAUUUCGACAAUUUUGUGGACUUUCACGUGCUACCACGUUUAAUGAUUUUUCACGCGAAAUUAUGAAUCCUAAAAUACGAGCAAAACUAAAGCAAGUUUAUGGUACACCAGAUAAAGUAGACUUAUUUGUGGGUGGUUUACUAGAAGAUCCUGUCCAAAGAGGUUUUGUUGGACCAACUUUUGCAUGUAUAAUUGGACCACAAUUUCAAAGGACACGAGAUGGUGAUCGGUUUUACUAUGAGAAUCCAGGUAUCUUCACGCGAGCUCAACUAACUGAGAUACGUAAAAGUAGUUUCUCUCGUUUACUCUGCGAUAAUGGUGAUAAUAUCAGUAAAGUACCACGUGAAGCAUUUCGGAUUGGUCAGAUGAUAUCAUGUGGCCAGAUAUCACAAAUAGACUUAUCAAAAUGGAAGGAAUAA